CCAGCCUUGCCGAACCACCAUGUGCUGAACUCAUUGAAUCCCCCCCGCAUUGGCAGAUAUAUGCCCACAGUCGAUAUUAUUACAGAUUUGAAAUGUCAUCCUCACAGACCCCCAAGCCGAUGGGCAGCCAAGCGCCCGCUGGGCAGCGCGGCGCACCUGGUCUAAAAUACCCUACAAACGGAAAGACGAUAUACAACAGGCCGCUGAACAGGAGUCGGACGCAGGAACUGAGCCAGGCAAGCUUCGCAUACCUCUUCGGGGAGAUGGUGAGCUAUGCGCAAAAACGUGUCACAGAUAUCCAGGAUUUGGAGAAGCGACUCAAUGUCCAAGGCCAUCCCAUCGGGCUCAAACUCCUCGACGUACUCAUCUGGCGCGAACCCCCACGAACACAACUCCGCCCCCUCAACAUCAUCGCCCUCCUCAACUUCAUCAUCAAUGUCAUGUGGAAACACCUCUUCGCCCGACCCGCCGAUGCGCUCGAGAAAUCCAACGAGAGUCCAGAUCAGUACAUGAUCAUAGACAAUGAACCGCUGGUGAACCAGUACGUCAGCGUUCCAAAGGAGAUGAGCCAGUUGAACUGCGCUGCGUUCGUGGCGGGGAUUAUCGAGGGAGCUUGCGAUGGGGCUGGGUUCCCGGCAAGGGUCACGGCGCAUACGGUUGCUGCUGCGGGCAAGGAGGGAGAACUUUGGCCGGGGAAGACUGUUUUCCUAGUGAAGUUCCAGCCGGAGGUCAUUGAGAGGGAGGCAUUCUUGGGGAAGCAAUAGACUACGACGCUUUGAUGGAUGAGUGUUUGUUGGCAUUCGGAAGGCGUUAUCAGCAUUGCGAGGAGUUACGGUUAGGUUUAUCGAACUCAUAUAAGUUCAUUUUCAUGCUUUAAUAAGGGCC